AUGAAGUUCUACCUCUUCCCAGUGAUCUACAUCCUGGCGUUAGUCGUGGGUCUACCUGGAAAUCUGGCUGCUCUCUUCGUCUUCACCUUCAAGAUCACCCCUCGCACAGCCUUCAGCGUGUUCAUCAGCAACCUAGCCCUGGUGGACAUCCUCAUCCUCUGCACGCUGCCCUUCAGGAUCCACUACCACCUCAACAGAAACAACUGGGUGUUUGGGGACGUCGCCUGCCGCAUCACUGGGGUCCUGUUCUACUCCAACAUCUACAUGAGCAUCUGUUUCAUGACUUGUAUCUGUGUGGACCGCUACAUGGCCACGGUGCAUCCUCACGCCUACCAGAGGCAGCGGAGGCCCUGGCGCUCUCUGGCCGUGUGUGUUGCGCUCUGGUGCGUCGCUGGUGUGUUGAUGCUGGUCUUUGUCGUCUUGGGGCCUCUGAAAACAAACGUCAACCAAUCUGGAAAACACACUUGUUUCGAGAACUUAUCCAAGCACGAGUGGGACAUGCGUGCGGGGGUGUACAACCUGCUGGGCCUGAUCUUGGGCUCCCUGCUGCCCACGGUGAUCAUCCUGGUGUGUUACCCUCUGAUUGUGAGGCGCAUCUCCAUGAUCAGGACCAAAACAGCCCAAAGAGCCUUGAGGGUCAUUCACACCAUCCUGGCCAUCACGCUGCUCUGCUUCCUGCCCAACCACGUAGCGAAUCUGCUGCACAUCCUGCAACGCAGGGAGGUCAUCAAGACAUCCUGCACCACCGCCAACCGCAUCCACGACGUCAGGCUGGUCACCACGGCCCUCGUCACCCUCAACACGUGCCUGUACCCCGUGCUCUACUAUGUCACCACCAGCCACUUCAAAUGGAGGCUCUUGAAGAUGACAUGGCUGUGUGGACGAGUGGAGAGGAGCGAGAGAACUGAACCUGUAGAUUUAUAA